AGGGUUUUAGGGUUUGGGUUAGGGAAUUCCGCCCCUAACCGUAACCCUAACCCUAAACACCAACCGUAACCGUAAUCCUAACCCUAACCUUAAAACUAACCCUAAAACCCUAACCCUAGAACCGUAACUCUAACACCCCAGUGAAGAUCGUGCGAGUGUUAAUCUGAAAAAUUACCAAAUUUACUUGGAGUGGGGUGCAGCACCUUUCCUCUCAACCCUCAUCUUUCUUUUCCAAUGGAAUUUUAAAAAGUCGAUGAGGCUUGACCGAAGAUGAAAGUUAUCUGUUUUCUGUGCUUUCUCUCUCGUCCAAGAAAUACUAAGCGGAUAUUUUUUCAAGUGACUCAUGAUAAAGGGACACAACUUAAGUUUGUGACAAAGUUCGAGCCACGUAUUUGCUUAGCAAGCUGCUGAGAAGGCAUUUACUCUUAUUGCAACUUACUUAACUUCUAUGUCCAAGAUGGGUAAAGGUGGAAAACUUGAAGACUUAUUUGAAAGGUUUUGGCAGUGGCGUCUUGAAGACAGCCCUGAUUUUGCUGCUUUUUGUGGGAAAAUGGAAUAUAAUGAUAGAGUAGAUGACUUACGUGUUGAAGCUUAUAUAAAGCAAAAGCCAAUUAUAGAAGGAUUUUUGAAAGAAGCUUCUGCUAUAGACAUGUCAGAUCUUGAUCAUGACUCCAAAAUAAAUCUUCGUUUACUAAAAGAAGAUCUUGAGAGCACUCUUAAAGGUUUAGACUUCAUGGGCUACUACUUUCCUGUCAGUUUCCUAGAAAAUCCACACAUAAAUUUUAUGUUCCGUGUUGACUGGAUGCAGUUUAAGGAAGAAGCUGACUACCAGAAAUAUGUUGCCUGUAUGAAGAGUUUUGUAAAGCAGUUGGGUGAUAUAGAAACUAUUUUACUGGAGGGAAUUGAGAAGAAGAUGAUUUGUCCUAUUGAGUCAGUGAGAGAAGUUCCUCAACAAUUAGAAGACUUAAUAAAGAAAAUAGACAGUGGAACUUCAGUGUUUUUAAACCCAUUUAAAAAGACACCAACUAAUGAGAAACUGUUAGGAAUGGUGGAAGAAACUAAAACACAGCUAUCUGAAAUUCUCCAGAAUCAAUUGAAGCCAGCGUUGCAAAAGUUAAAAGAAUUUUUUGAAAAUGUAUACCUGAAACAUUCCCGUCAAGAACCAGGUGCCUGUUAUUUGCCAAAUGGGAAGGAGUUUUAUGAUGCUUGUGUCCGUUUCCAUACAUCAUCCAACCUAAGUCCUGAAGAGAUCCACAAGCUUGGGCUGUCAGAAGUUGAACGUAUCAAAUCUGAAAUUAUGAAAAUCUACAAGGCUGAGAAUCUUCCAUUGGACAUGAAAGAAUGUAGUAAAUUACUUAAGACAAGGAAAGAAUUCUUUUGUCAAACAAAGGAAGAAUUAUUAGAAUAUGUCAAGAAAAUUUGUGAAGAUGAAAUCAUGCCACUAAUUCCAAAAUAUUUUAAAGAUCUUCCCGAUAUAGAAAUGGUAAUCAAGCCUACUCCUGAAGGUAUGGAUAGUUCUCCAGCCGCCUUCUACUUAGCUGGAACACCAGACGGUUCCCGAAUGGGCACUUAUAUGAUCAACACCAGUAAAUUUGAUGUCAGCCCUAAAUAUGAAAUACCUGCCUUAUGUUUACAUGAAGGAAUUCCUGGUCAUCAUACCCAGGCAUCAGCAGCCUUGAAAAUAGAAAACUGUCCAGCAUUUCGAUGCUUCAUGCAGGAUAUGAAAUAUUAUCUCGCACCUUCUCGCUUUUUGCUUCAUACUGCUUAUAUGGAAGGUUGGGGCCUUUACUGUGAAGCACUUGGAACAGAGAUGGGAUUGUAUACAGAUAACUAUAAACUGUUGGGCCGUUACAAUUUUGAAAUGCACCGAGCAUGUCGCCUUGUGGUUGAUACAGGAAUUCAUGCCUUGGGGUGGUCACGUCAGAAGGCUAUUGAUUAUAUGAAUGAAAACUGUCCUAUUGAUUCCUUAUCCAUUUCAAAUGAAGUUGAUCGUUAUAUUACAUGGCCAGGACAGGCACUUGGUUACAAAAUUGGAGAGCUGAAAAUCUGGGAGUUUCGAAGGAAAGCUGAAAAGGCUCUAGGUAGCAAAUUUGAUAUUCGGGACUUCCAUGAUGUUGUGUUGAAAGCAGGCUGUGUUUCCCUGUGUAUACUUGAAGAACUGGUUGAUGACUACAUUAAAGAAACACUACAGUAAAAUCUAAUUGGUCAACAGGAACAUAUCCAAUAAUGAAACCUGUCAAAUGAUACUGAAAUAACAUAUCCACCUGUAUAAUCCUUCUGAUUAAGACCUUCAUCGCCAGUAAAGAAAGAAUUAUUUCUAAUCAUUUAUCAAUGAAAUAAAUCUCAUAAUUUGACAUAUUUUAUUCUCUAAAACAAAAAAUUUAACUUCUAUUCAGGAAAAUAUCUUGGCACUAGUUUCUUACUUAAAUAUUGAUUAUUUUUGUAUUUGAUUUUUGAAUGUUUUUAAGCAUUGCAAUAUUUUUAUUGUCAUACUGCGUAAGUAAGCUCCUGGUGAAUUAAGUUCAUGACUUUGGUUCAACUCCCAGUUGUAGCUAUUUCACUACAUACUCUAGGGAUUCGAAAAUUUGACAUCAAGGAAAGAGUUCUUCAAGAGAAAGUUGACAGAUUUUGCCCGUCAACUUUUCCCUUAAGAAAGUGUCUGUCCAAAACUUUGUACUCUUCUUAUUAAUCUUUACAAAAUAAUGCAAAUCUUACUGAUGCAGACUAACACCUACUUAUGUCACUAAUAUCAUUGUGAAUGGCUUGAAUGUUACAUGACCUUACUUUCCUUUCUGAGGAUUUUGAAGGAACAAUAUAAUUUUUGCUGAAAUGUAAGCUAAAAUACUGCAUUUCUGUUACCAGUAUUAAUACAAAUGCCAUGUACACUUUUGAAAUUUUGAUCAAAGAAAUAAAAGCAAUUCUAUUAUUUUAUAAA